AUCUAAUUCCCUGCCAUAGGUAGGGGUGUAAAUGUGUAAUUGCAUUUCUGCUGCAUUUGUAUUCUUCUAAAAAUACCAAGUUUUUUUCCCCCCUUUUUUUAAUUUAUUUUUGUUCUUUUCUGAUUCUUUAGGGCAUGCUUAGUGUAUACUAGUUAUUGUGAUUUGAGUUUAGUGAACGACUCUGCUCCAACCUAAGGCUUUCCAAGAGGCAUCUUUGUCCUGCAAGUUUAUUGAUGUUCAACUUCUAUGAAUAGCUGUUUGAUUUCUUGCUGCAGUAUGUUGAAUCCUUAAGAUUUUUUCCGUGAUUUCCAUUUCUUAACAAUGUAUAAACUUAAGUAUGUGAAGGACUCACAGAUCUUACAUGCAAUGGCUUCCCGAGUCAGGUAAAUGAGCUGUACAUCUUGACAGUCUCUUUUCUAUUGAGACAGUUAUUAGUUGCAAGGAUUAGAAAAGCAAAAUGAAGAGGAUGUUUCUAGUUUGUGAAUUAGAAAAUUUUCAUUUGAGAGCUUUAGGCCUAUGUUAACAUUCAUCAAGAAAAAGGACAGAUAGGAUGUAUGUCAAUGUUUUCAUCUGGCAGGUUGAGUAACUGAUAGGGAGAUCCUUAACCCUAAUUAAGGUGUUGUUUGCAUCACUUAACUUUAAAUAAGAUUAAGUUAUAAUCCAAUUAAGUUUUUUUGAUAAAGUUCUUUGAAUACUUAAAAAAAUUCAACACUUAACUUUAAGGUCUUAAAAUUGUCCGUGCUCAAUUUUUAGUUUGAUCAAAUAACAAAUCCUCUCUUCCAGUCUCCCUUUACAAGCCUUUUGAUAUCCAGUUCUUAUAUACUAAUUUGCCAGUGUGUUCAUGUAAUUACAUCUAUUCUGACGAUUUCUUUUCUCCUUGCAAGGGACCUGAGCUUUGCAUCUUAAGUGCAAUACCUGCAAGGACCGUGUAACAUUUGUUUAAAUUUACACACCUUCGGACAUUUACACACCUUCAGACAAGUUCUUGAAAGUUGGAAAUGGGGUAUUGUUUGAAAUAUAUUGUUACACUCUUUUUGAAAUACCAGAGCAGUUUCCUUUGUAAUUAUAAUAUAUUCAUGUGCUUGGCUUUAUUGUUAACAUUGGGUUUCCUCACUAUAUGGUAUCAGUUCUCAGUCAUACCAUAUAACAGGGUUGAGAAGCUAGAGCUAGUGAAGAUUGUUACAGACGGGAGGAGAGUGGAAAGAGUUAUGGCAAAUAAUUGCUUAUGUUUUGCUUUCUUUGGUUUUCUCCCCACUAUAUGAGACAAUUUUUUGCUUGUGUGAUCUGCAUAUCCCCUUAAGAUUGAAACAACAUAUGUAUAAAGUGAGUGUGGUGAAAAAGUGAAUGUUGAGAUGGAUGUGGAGUAAGACUAAAAAUGAUAUAAUUGGAAAUAGAUUAAUGAUCACAUUCGUGAGAUGGUUGGUGUAGCCCCAAUUGGAGAUAAAAUGAGAGAAAAUUGAUUGAGAUGGUUUGGACAUGUGCAAAGAAGACCUUUUAAGUGCUCCAGUUAGGAAGAGUGACAUAGUCUACAUUGAGAGUAAUACUAGGGGAAGAGGAAAACCAAAGUUAAUUUAAGUAGAGUUUGUAAGGAAGGAUACAGUAACAUGUGGUUUGAUUGUGGCCAUUGUUUUAAAUAGAGUAGAAUGAAAACACACAGUUUAUGUAGCUGAUCCCGAGUAGUGUUAUUUUUUGGAACAUUAUGUGUUACUUUCUCAACUUAGGUUACUUGUCUGUUGGCAUCACUUUUAGCUGCCAUUCAAAGUAUGAAUGAUGAAUCCUGUUCACAGGACAUUUUCAUUUGCUUAGGCUCCUUUAUUCAUUUUUCAGUGUUCCAUACACAUUUAUUCAAGGUUCUUCUUUCUUGUAACUGAUUUCAGGGGAAGGAAGAAUGGCUUUUGGUUGAAUGUUUGUAUAGACUUGGGAUAAUGCUUGUUAAUUCUUGAAAAUAUGUUGGUUGUCGAUCGUGAUAAAGAUAGAAAUGCUUAAGCUUGAGGUGGAAGCUCUAGGUAUUCAAUCUGUGUUGUGUUCUUGAUCAUUCAAAGAUGUCACAGGAUGUUGGUUUUUGUGUUCUUGGGAUAAUGCUCGUCACUUGAUUCAUUUCUGGUAUCAUUUCUUACAUAAAGUUGGUUGUUUAUGUGUCCUCCCUUUCUGGUACUUGUUAAACCUUCGGUUAUUAGUUGGUCUAUGAUUUUGGUUCCUGGGCAAAGAUGGAAGACUAAGCAAUCUAAACAACGCAAAAGAAAAAUAAUCAUAGAUAAAUUCAUUCUUUUAGUUUGAUGUUUCGAGAAUCAAUUUUUUUAUUAUUUUUUAUUGACAAGGAAAGAGUGGAUUAUGGCUACGUGGUUUGACAGAGUUGAAAGUCGUUUACAUAUCCUAUUUUAUAGGAUUAUAUUGAUGCAAUAAAUGUAAAUCAUCAUCUCUCGUGUUGUUGAUUUGACAAAUUGUUUUGCUUUGAGUGGCUGGAUCCGAAUCAGAGUGUAAAAUGCAAUGAAAAUUUACAAAUUUAGUUGAAUGAUGAAAUUUGACGGAUUAUGAUUUUAAAAUAGAAAUAGAAAUCCUGUUAUUUGGAAUGAAUAAGAAUCAAAUCCUAAAAUGUUUUUGAAAAUUCCAUUAAAAAAUCUCGUCGACUUUACUCCCAUUUUAAACGGGAGGAAAAAAAAAAAAAUUUGUGCAAGGUGCGACUUCAAGCGCAAUGAUGACGUGGUUUGUCAUGGGACUAACAUUGAUGAUAACAUGGCAUCAUUAUGUGGUAAAUGAUGUGGUAUAUUAUGGCAAUUAAUGUAGAGCCACUGUAUCAGUACUACAAUUGGGCCGGUUGUAAUUAUGGCAUGGUAUUAUCGGCAAAUAUAUGAGCUAUUAAAAUAAUAUAUUUUUAUUUAUGUGACAUGAUAGGUGUCACAAAUAAAAAUAUAUUAAAGUUAUAAGGAAAUUUUUUUUAAGAAUUAAAUAAUGUAAAAUGAUAUGAGGAAAAUGAUGUGAUGUGUUAUGGCAAUUGAUGAUAUGCAUAUCCAAUACCCAAUACCGCAGUUCAUUUGUUAUUCCCGUAAUUGUUUUUACCCCGUCUCAUUCUCAUUCUCUUUAUAUUUUCAGCAACUUGUUCACUCUCCAAUCUUCACACUCUUUAAACUCCAAUUUAUAUUUAUAUCUAUAUCAUCUCUAUCUCUCACUCUCACUGAAAAAUGACAAGUAUUUUGCUUAGGAUUUUGCUCGGUGUGCUGCUUGCAGCGACAAUUUCACAGAAGUCAGAUGGGCAGUUUGAGCAAUGGUGCAUAGCUGAUGAGCAGACUCCGGACAACGAGUUGCAGGUGGCCUUGGAUUGGGCUUGUGGGAAAGGAGGUGCAGAUUGUAGUAAGAUUCAGGUGAACCAAGCUUGCUAUUUCCCAAACACAGUGAAGGACCAUGCUUCUUAUGCCUUCAACAAUUACUAUCAGAAGUUCAAGCACAAAGGUGCUACUUGCUACUUCAAAGGUGCUGCCAUGACCACAGAACUUGAUCCCAGUCAUAACUCUUGUCGCUAUGAGUUCACUCCCUAAUUCAAAGCCAAAACUAGUUCUGGAAAAGCCAAAGUGGAAGCUUAUUUUUCAUAUAUUCUUUCUUUUUGUUGAAGUAAAUUAGUGUAGUGACAAUGAAUCUUCUCACUACAAAGAGGCAUGAAAUUCGGAUUUUUUUUUUUGGAUCCAGGGUGUAACAUUAUGAUUUAUGACCAACGCAACUUGAUUUCUUAUUGUUGGAUUAAUGCAUACAUGCCAUGAAUGAGAAGAACAUUACAAUGUAAUACUCUGCAAAAUGUUUCUUGUAA